AUGGCCGACGGUCCAGUAUACAAUGCGUCUACCCCAACAGGCGGAGAUCCACUCAAGGUCGAUGUAAAUGCUCAAUAUGCAGGCGUCGAAUGGAACUACACCUACAUCAUAUUCUGCUCGUUCAUUGUUUGGUUGAUAAUCCCCGGGAUCGGUCUUCUAUACAGUGGCCUCGCACGCAGAAAAUCAGCGCUGGCAUUACUCUUCCAGGCGUUCAUGGUUGUGGCUGUAACAACCUUUCAAUGGAUGUUCUGGGAUUACUCUUUGGCCUAUGCUCGAGAUGCAAGUCCAUUCAUUGGGACCUCUAAGAACUUUGGGUUGAGAGGUGUGAUGGUAGCACCAUCACCUGGCUCGGCUGAUCUCCCAGAGAUUGUAUUCUGCUUUUAUCAGCUUCUAUUCUGCGCGUGCACGGUAAGCAACACCUGGCAAUUCAAUGUCGAAUUUAAAUUUAAUGGAAUCCCGCGGAAGGUCAUGAUCGUUGUCGGCGGUGCAUUCGAACGAGGCAACAUGAUCCCCUCGCUGAUCUUCAGCUUCUGCUGGGCGACCAUCGUCUACUGUCCCCUAGCCUGUUGGACUUGGAAUAGCAACGGGUGGCUGUAUAAUCUCCCGUCGCUUGAUUUCGCCGGUGGCGGCCCAGUUCACAUCGCAUCUGGUUGGUCGGCAUUGGCUUAUGCCUUUGUCCUGGGGAAGCGCAAAAAUAUCGACCGCCCUUCACAGGCGAAACCCCACAACACCACCUUAGUCUUCUUGGGGACGGUGUUGAUCUGGUUUGGAUGGUUCGGGUUCAACGGCGGCUCUGCCCUCAAUGCCAAUGUGCGGGCAAUGCUAGCGGCAUUUAACACCAACACUGCGGCUUGCACAGGAGUACUAGGAUGGGUGCUGGUUGACUAUAUCAAGCACCGCGGGAAGUUUUCGGUAGUAGGAUCGUGCGAAGGCGCAAUCGCAGGGCUAGUUGGCAUCACGCCAGCGGCCGGAUUUGUGUCUGUGUGGCUUGCGGCCCUCAUCGGGUUCCUCACGAGUAUCGUUUGCGCCCUCCUCCAAGAUAUCAAUGAGUGGUUACACAUAGACGAGGGGAUGGAUGUAUUCAAGCUGCACGGUAUCGAUGGGAUGGUGGGGGCCUUCCUUACCGGGAUCUUUGCGUCGCAGUCUAUUGCGGCGUUGGAUGGCGUGACCGAGGCUACUGGAGGCAUUGACGGCAAUGGAGUGCAAGUUGGAAAACAAUUAGCCGAAGUGUGUGCUAUCUCGGCAUAUUCUUUUAUUGUCUCGUGUAUCCUGCUCUACAUUCUCAAGUUCGUACCGGGGAUGCAGUUGCGGGUGGAUGAGGAGGCGGAAGUGGUUGGCCUGGACCGCGCGCAGUUUAUUGAUGAGCAGAUUGGUGAACGGUUGCUCCUGGACGAUUUAUGCGGGUCUUCAUCACCCACAAGGGUGCUUGAUGGGCAGGUUCCUGUAGUGGUUGACUCUCAGGAAACGAAGACGUGA